UCCGUGUUAACCGCUUUAGACUGUAAUCUCAUCGUGGCCAAGGAACUUGUCCCUCAACUCUGUUGGAUCGUACUCUCCCGAGCCCUCAGCGCAGGGCUCUGCGUGCAGAGCCGCUGCUUCCCACAUGGACGGCGGGCAGAUUUUGGUGGAAGUACAAGAGACCGUCUUCGUUUCGGACGUGGUGGACUCGGACAUAACGGUGCACAACUUCGUCCCCGACGACCCGGACUCCGUGGUGAUCCAGGAUGUCAUCGAGGACGUGGUGAUCGAGGACGUCCAGUGCCCGGACAUCCUCGACGAGGCUGACGUGUCGGAGACGGUCAUCAUCCCGGAGCCGGUGCUGGUCCCCGAGGUCCCCGAGGAGGUCUCGUUGACCCACUGCGCCGUCCCGGAGGACGUGCUGGCGCCGGACAUCCCCGCGGUGGCCGCGGUCGUACCAGAACACGUGUUGGCUGGGGAACCGGUCCACGUCCCCCCCGCCGCGGGGCACGUGGAGCACGUGGUCCACGACGGUGUCGUGGGCGCGGAGAUGGUCGCCGACCCCCUGGCAGCCGGCGUGGUCUCGGAAGAGGUGCUGGUGGCCGACUGCGCGUCCGAGGCGGUCAUCGACGCCAACGGGAUCCCCGUGGAGCGGCGAGACGAUGACGACGAUGACGACGAGGACGACGACAAGGGCAACUGCGAGGAUUACCUCAUGAUCUCCCUGGACGAUGCCGGGAAGAUGGGCCAUGACGGCUCCUCGGAGAUGACGAUGGACGCGGAGCCGGAGAUCGACCCCUGCAAGGUGGACGGCGGCUGUCCGGAGGUCAUCAAGGUGUACAUCUUCAAGGCCGACCCCGGAGAAGAUGACCUCGGCGGCACGGUCGAUAUCGUGGAGAGCGAACCCGAGAACGACCACGGGGUCGGCCUCCUGGACCAGAGCAGCGCUAUUCGAGUUCCGAGGGAAAAGAUGGUGUACAUGACCGUCAACGACGCUCAGCAAGAAGAUGAAGAUUUAAGUGUGGCGGAAAUCGCCGACGAAGUUUAUAUGGAGGUGAUCGUCGGCGAGGAGGACGCGGCCGUGGCCCACGAGCAGCAGAUGGACGACACGGAGAUCAAAACGUUCAUGCCCAUCGCUUGGGCGGCAGCUUAUGGUAAUAACACGGACGGAAUCGAAAACCGGAACGGCACCGCCAGCGCCCUGUUGCAUAUAGAUGAAUCCGCCGGCCUGGGCAGGCUAGCCAAGCAGAAACCAAAGAAAAGGCGAAGACCGGAUUCCAGGCAAUAUCAGACAGCCAUCAUCAUCGGGCCCGACGGGCACCCGCUGACGGUCUACCCGUGCAUGAUCUGCGGGAAGAAGUUCAAGUCGCGCGGCUUCCUGAAGCGGCACAUGAAGAACCACCCGGAGCACCUGAGCAAGAAGAAGUACCGCUGCACGGACUGCGACUAUACGACCAACAAGAAGGUCAGCCUGCACAACCACCUGGAGAGCCACAAGCUGACGGGCAAGGCCGAGAAGGCGGCGGCCCCGGGGCCGGGCGCGGGGGCCGGGGCGCCGCCGGCGGCGGCGGCGGUGGCGGUGGCGGCGGUGGCGGCGGCGGCGGCGGCGACGGCGGAGUGCGACGAGUGCGGCAAGCACUUCUCCCACGCCGGGGCCCUGUUCACCCACAAGAUGGUGCACAAGGAGAAAGGCGCCGGCGGGCGGACGCACAAGUGCAAGUUCUGCGACUACGAGACGGCCGAGCAGGGCCUGCUGAACCGUCACCUGCUGGCCGUCCACAGCAAGAACUUCCCCCACGUGUGCGUGGAGUGCGGGAAGGGCUUCCGCCACCCGUCGGAGCUGAAGAAGCACAUGCGCAUCCACACGGGCGAGAAGCCCUACCAGUGCCAGUUCUGCCCCUACCGCUCGGCCGACUCGUCCAACCUGAAGACCCACGUGAAGACCAAGCACAGCAAGGAGACGCCCUUCAAGUGCGAGGCCUGCCCGCUGACCUUCGCCGACCCCAAGGAGCUGCAGCAGCACGCCCUCCUGCACCACCAGGAGAGCCGAGCCCACCAGUGCCUGCACUGCGACCACAAGAGCUCCAACUCGAGCGACCUGAAGCGGCACGUCAUCUCCGUGCACACCAAGGACUACCCGCACAAGUGCGAGACCUGCGACAAGGGCUUCCACCGGCCCUCGGAACUCAAGAAGCACGCGGCCGCCCACCGGGGCAAAAAGCUGCACCAGUGCAGACAUUGCGACUUUAAGAUCGCGGACCCCUUCGUCCUCAGCCGCCACAUCCUGUCGGUCCACACCAAGGACCUGCCUUUCCGCUGCAAGCGCUGCCGGAAGGGCUUCCGGCAGCAGAGCGAGCUCAAGAAGCACAUGAAGACGCACAGCGGCCGCAAGGUCUAUCAGUGCGAGUACUGUGAGUACAGCACCACGGACGCCUCGGGCUUCAAAAGGCACGUCAUUUCCAUUCACACCAAGGACUAUCCCCACCGCUGCGACUUCUGCAAGAAGGGCUUCCGCCGGCCCUCCGAGAAGAACCAGCACAUCAUGCGGCACCAUAAAGACUUGGGGCUCCCUUGAACCCGUCCCCCUCUCCCGGUCUGUCCGUCCCCCCCCCUCGGUCUCCUCGCGGCCCGGCGAGGGCGGUCCGAAACCCCGUCGGUCGUGGCGAUCGAGCUCUCUCUCUCUCUCCCCGUCUCUCUCACUCACACACACACACCCUACAGGAAAUGAAAUACUGUGCGUUGAUAUAUCGCUGUAUACAAAUAGGAUUAUCGCUUCUAGUUGACUUCGUUUCGUUUUUUUUUUUUUUUUUUCUUUUUUUGGGGAGGGGGGUUCGUUCUUUUUUUGUUUUGGUUUGGUUUUUUUUUUUUUUUUUUUUUUUUUUACACGUGUUCCUUAGAGUGUUCUGGAUUCCAUUCAGUUUGUUUAAGAAAUAAGGAAAAAGGUGGCAACAAUAAAGUGGCGUUGCUUAAAGUCA